AUGGCUGAUCUACAGGGCCGCAAGGUCUUCAAGGUCUUCAACCAGGACUUCAUCGUGAAUGAGCAAUACAAUGUCACCAAGGAGCUGGGUCAAGGUGCCUACGGUAUCGUCUGUGCCGCAACCAACACCCAGACUGGUGAAGGUGUUGCCAUCAAGAAAGUCACCAAUGUAUUCAGCAAAAAGAUCCUGGCCAAGCGAGCCCUGCGCGAGAUCAAGCUCCUCCAGCACUUCCGCGGCCAUCGCAAUAUUACCUGCUUAUACGAUAUGGAUAUUCCCCGCCCGGAUCAAUUUAACGAGACAUAUCUUUACGAGGAAUUGAUGGAAUGUGAUUUGGCGGCUAUCAUCCGUUCGGGCCAGCCCUUGACCGAUGCGCACUUCCAAUCCUUCAUUUAUCAGAUCCUUUGCGGUCUGAAGUAUAUCCACUCCGCGAAUGUGCUGCACCGUGAUCUGAAGCCUGGUAACCUGCUGGUCAAUGCGGACUGUGAGCUGAAGAUUUGUGACUUUGGUCUGGCUCGUGGGUUCUCGAUUGACCCAGAGGAGAAUGCUGGCUAUAUGACCGAGUAUGUCGCGACAAGAUGGUAUCGUGCUCCGGAGAUCAUGUUGAGCUUCCAAAGCUACACCAAAGCUAUUGAUGUCUGGUCUGUGGGCUGUAUCCUGGCCGAGCUCCUCGGUGGACGUCCCUUCUUCAAGGGCCGCGACUACGUCGAUCAGCUGAACCAGAUCCUGCACUACCUGGGUACUCCCAACGAGGAGACCCUGGCCCGUAUCGGCUCACCCCGUGCGCAGGAAUACGUGCGCAACCUGCCCUUCAUGCCCAAGAUCCCCUUCCAGCGACUAUUCCCCAACGCCAACCCCGACGCACUGGACCUGCUGGACCGCAUGCUGGCCUUUGACCCGUCCUCGCGUAUCUCCGUCGAGGAGGCCCUCGAGCAUCCCUACCUGCACAUCUGGCACGAUGCCUCGGACGAGCCCACCUGCCCCACCACCUUCGACUUCCAAUUCGAAGUCGUCGACGACGUCCCCGAGAUGCGCAAGAUGAUCCUCGACGAGGUCAUCCGCUUCCGCGCCACCGUCCGCCAACAAUCCCAGGCCCAUGCGGCCCAGCAGCAGCAGAUGGCCCAGGCGACUAACGUCCCCAUUCCUGAGAACCAGCAGGGUGGCUGGAAGACCGAGGAGCCUAAGCCUCAGGAGGCGGCCGCUGGCGACGGGCACAUGAAUGACCUGGAGGCCUCGCUGCAGCGCGGCAUGGACUCUGUUCACCGUUGA